GUCAAAAGCUAACCAACCUAAACCCCAGCUCCAGGAGCACAUCCCAAAAUCUCUACAAGUUACCACACUGGCGGAUUUUCUCUGGAAGAAGUCCUCGCGGACAGAGGCACCCAAAGCAGCCCCGAAAGACAUAAUGACACAACCUCUGCCUCCGCCCUCCCUGACUCCACAAUUCUGCUUUAAUACUGUUGCUUUGAGAGAUUUCUUACGCAUUUCUCGAGGAGCAACGGACGAUAGCAUAACUCAGAAUUUGAACGCGCUCAUUCAGCCCUCGACCGCAGGCUUUGACCCCUCUUCGACCUCCACGCGGAUUCCUCGAGGACCGAGAUCGAAGACCAUAUCUUCACCCUCUUGUCGGAACUUCAAAAACCAAGUGCUAUUUCCGUCCUGGCAGGUUCGAUCCGACGUCUUGAAUUACUGCGCAUCAGUAGCGACAUCUCCAGAUCCGGAAGAUCCAGAGUCCGUGUUGAGGCAGGCAGAAAGUGAACGGGACAGAGAAAGGGUUGUCGAUGAGAGAUUAGAUCCAUAUUCGGCUAGAUUCUUCCCCAGAGAGGCCAGGACGGAGAGAUUAGCUACAAUUAUACGGCAAGAAAGAGGCGUGGAAAAUAUUAUACGGGCAAGAAGUUGGGGAUUAGUGAUGGAGAGAUGUGGGGAGGACUGGAGAGAUUGGGAAGAGGCUCUCAAUGAAUGGCGAAAAGGACGAGAAAAGUCACAAUGACACAUGAGGAUUGAAAAAGAACGAUAGGACCAGGUCUCCGCUGCAUUGGGUGGAGUUCAUCAGCGGUCGGAACAACUGCCUUAGUGGGCACCUGUACUUCACAAGAGCAGGUCUGACACGACUGCGGUGUAAGAGUGCUGUAAGAUUAGAGUCAUAAUUCAACUCCUAGUAAGAAGCUCAAUGCCUUUCAAGUAUGAAAAUUAAAGAAGAGC